AUGACCGGGCAGUACGCCGUGAUUUUCACGUCAAAAAGAACGCCAAUCGAGCACGGGUACGCCGAAAUGGCUGUCGAAAUUGCAGACCUGGCGUCGAGGCAGCCUGGAUUUAUCAAAAUGGAUUCAGCCCGCCAGGAUGUGGGCAUCACUGUGUCGUACUGGGAAUCUCUCGAGGCGAUUAAGGAAUUCAAGCGAAUAUCCAAACACAUUGAGGCCCAACGAGCAGGCAAAACCCAGUGGUACCAGUGGUACGACGUAAAAGUAUGCCAGGUUCUCCGGGAGUAUUCUUUCGAUUCAGAGCCACUAGUGGCAUGA